AUGGCACUAGACGCUCCUGCAGUCGAGUAUCCGACUCCUGAAAGGCAGCAGAAGGCCGGAUCUUCCGUUGACGGAGAACAAGAAGAUCGGCGGUUUUCUGGUAAAGGUCUGCUCGGCAAAGGCUACCUUGGUAGGCUUUUUAAUCGAGUCAGGCGAGUCAAGGUCAAAUUUGGUGGCCGUCACGCUAACGGAGGCAAGUACCAUGAGAUUGAGGAAGAUCUAUCGUACGAAGAGCUCGAAUGUUUCAUCACCAUGGCUGACCGAACUCUUCGCAACAAUGGCCGGGUUUCCCUACGAAACCGGAGAUCUCUGACACAACAGGUGGUCUCGUACAUUGCACGUCUCACUUUUAGUGUAAACACACCCGCUACAGCGAGACUCGCAGACGGUAGGAUCUAUGAUCCGUCUUCGGAAGCCAUUGAGAAGUUUCGGACCAUAGAAGACUUUUUUGGCCCGGCAAAUACGGCGUUCAUGAUCUCGCAUGGAAAAAGGUCGUCCAAGUCGAAGGAAGUGGCAGAAAGAAUGGAAGUGCUGCAGAUCCGAAGGUGA